AUGUCUCUAUAUUUUCUGUUCGUUCUCUUGAUUGGAGAUGUUGUGUAUUGUCGUUUAUCAAUAGCCAACAAAGACAUGGAAGCUGAAUUGGUUUGUGCAGACCUAAAUGGUAAAGCAAAUGGAAUGGGACUUUUGAAAGAUGGAUUCCUUUUUACACAUUCAUUGGGUUUGGCAAGAAAAAUGCUCAGUCCUGAGGGUCCCAUAUUGAAGGUACUUCAAAAAGUUAUUCCGUUUGAGUUUGCAGUUGGCAUCAACGGCAAGACUUGGUUGAAAUGUCAUUCGUUAGACCAUACAAUCUUUAUUGUAAAUGUGAUUGAGCAAUCAGAAUUUAUGACACUAUCCCAGAUUCACCAAAAUGUCGAAAGACUUGCCCAAGAAAUAAUGAAUGAAUAAAGGAUGUAAAAAUUAAAACUAAUUUAGGUUGAUCGUACAUGUUAAUUAACUCAAGUGCGGGGUAACGUGUAAUGUUAAUUAACUCAAGGGAGGAGUAACGUGUAUGGCUUUACCGACGAAAACGUGACUGCAAAAUUUGCAAUACUUUCUUUUAAUAAAA